CUGGCAGUCAAAACCGCAUUCCUCCUUCUACCAUCGACUUCCGGCCUCAUUCAUUGAUUUCCAAGUUUAGUGGAUUGGAGUCUACACGCUGACACUCUGCCUUCUGAGGCCAAUUGGGGCGGAAAUGCCCUGAGAAUGAACCACCAUCUUUGGUCCCGCGCCGCUCCAGCGGAAUCUUCCUCUCGCUGUGUCGCCUGUCUGAGCACUUUCACGAGCAAAGCAGCCUCCCGAACAAUUUCAGAAACUAGCAAACGGCAUCUACGUAUCGGGAACCCUGCACCUGCGCUUGAUACAAGCGUCUUCGCCGCGGCAGCUUUACCAGAUGUGCAGGCAAAGGGUAAACACCGUAUUGAGUGGAAGGAGAGGAUUGUGGCAGUGAGAAAGCAGGUCCGUGAGCUUGUGGAUGAGGAUUAUCAGCUUCAGCAGGGUCUCCCGGAACAAGGAACAAGCAGUCCUUCGUGGGGCACAUUCCAGACAAGAUUAUUCAACACGCUGUCCCGGCCGAUUCCUCGGAAUAUCAAACGUUCGCCGAGAAACCAACCGAUCCGAUCACUUCAUACUGCUGCCGAUAUCGAUGCUGAAACUGCAACUCAAGAUCGUGUGUUGAAGGAAGUACUGGAGAAAAAUGGACUGUCAUUGGAAGAUUCCAAGGAGGACUUUGAUCUCGCGAUAGAUGGGGAGGAGGUCCCCAGCUGGCUUUCACACGAUGUGAUCCGUCAGAAGGUUAUCAGGAAGCUCGCGCUGAAGCAGCUUGCUAUUAGGCUGCUCCUACGUCCAGCUAUUGCUCAUAGCUAUGGGGGUGUUCUGAAGAAUUAUGACGCUGAUUCCUCUACCCCCCAAAUGAACGUGCCGGACCUAAUCUUCCAGUUGGACGCCCUUCGGCGUAGGAUACGUCUUCUGAAGACCUUGAAGACUGCAUACAUAGACGAUCUGGCCAAAGACCUCCGUGUUCGUCGGGUAACGGAUAUUUAUCAGGAGCGGGUCAAGCUGGAUAAGCAGGUCCGACAAGACACCGACCUGUAUCUUAAUGGGCAGAUGUCUCUUGAAGAGCUGCUUCUCAGAUUGGCAAACAAUCUUCUGCAAGCAACGGAUCCGGAUCGGACGUACUCUCUGAAGAUGAUGAUUUUGGCAUUCACAAAAACCCGACAGAAUGAUCUUGGUGAAAUGGUGUUGAAAACAAUACUGCCCUACAAAUUCCCCUUGAACUCCUCUCUCAUCAUCUCCAUAUUAACUCUGUUCCGGAAAACUAAAAAUCUCAAAUCAUUUGAUCUCUUUUUGCAAAUGCUGCGCGGAGAAGGGUACCCAGUGGACAUGGGUAACCUUGGAUUCUUCAAGAAGAAGACCGUCAAUGGGGUUGAAAUAACGGUUCCCCCGGUCCAUAGCACCAAUAUUGUCUUCUAUGCUGCUCUGAUCAAGGCUUGUCUCCGUUUUGACCAACCAGAGAGGGCUGAUGCUUACCUUCUAUCUGCAAGAGCCGCCGGAUGUAUGGAUGAUUUUGCUAUCCUCAUGGCAUACCUACAGUUUUACUCUAUUCGAAACGACUGGGAAAAGGGACUUCAAGUUCUGAGGAGAACCUUGGCAUUUAUCGCCGCUACAACUGAACACCCGCUAGAAAGAGUCGAGAGGCUGGUGGUAAUGAUGGUGCAUCUUUGUGAUUCUUGCGAGAAACCUGAAGUUUCUGAAGCCAUCAUCGAGGCUGCAGUGCGCAGCGGAUUUGACUGGCGAAUUGCAGAGAAGCAGUCCGAUGUCUCCUUCCAGACCGAUCCUGAAUUUCUGCGGUGGCAUAUGGCCCAAAAGCUAUCAUCAAAGCAAAAGUUAGCGGCCCCUGUGUGGGAGAAGUGUUAUUCUUUCGUCAAUGCCAUUGGGGGACAGCUUGAUGAGUUGACCUUCCCGGAGUCCCGACGAUGGCAGAAGCUAAUGGGGACAUAUUCCGAGGAAGUUCUGUCAUCUGUGCUGGCUGGAACACCUGCUCAAUAUAGAGCCAAUAAGAUGACCAAGUCCAAGCAUUUUGAUAGUCCAAGUCAGACAAGCGCAACCGCCCGACAAGUUGAUGAUUUCCAGGACCAACAAUCCUUAGUGGCAACUCAGCAACAUGAGAUCACGGCCUUGAAGGGCGCAGUAGCUCAAUUGAAGCAAAUGGUAUUCCAACUUUACCAAACAACAACAACGACAUCACCAACAAAAAACGCAAUCGCCUCUCACUCCUCUCCCACCGACAUGCAUGAUCUGAACAAGCAACUAGUUCCAAACACCUCUGAGCUCGAUGGAACCUCAGCCGCACGCAGCACUGGAUUUCUCAAGUCCUGAUAUUGUUCCAGCAGAACCCCUUGAUGGUUUUAUAUAUUGCACGGUACGGUUUCACACGAUACCCCUGUAUUAUGGAAAUAAUAAAGUUGGAUUUUAUAUACUUCGCUUCAUGUGUGUUUUUUUUUUUUUUUUUUUUUUUUUUUUUUUUUUUU